AUGUCGUCCUUCGCCUCGACACCCACCAAGGUCACUUGGGCGCGUCUAGCUGUGUACAGGAAAGUUGCCGGUCUGCAGCUAGUCAGAAGAAAUUCGACGCGUGCUUCUACGAAUGUCGUGAAUAGUGAUAUCGUUAUUGUUGGAGGUGGGCCGGCAGGACUUGCUCUGGCGAGCGCGUUGGGCUCUUCAUCAUCCUUGCGUAAAAAUGUUAGCGUUACACUUGUAGAAGGUGGAGACCUUACCCAAAUCAAAUCUUGGAACCCACCUCCCGAGUCCUUCUCCAACCGUGUCAGUUCAUUAACAAAUACAUCCCGGUCAUUUUUACAAGAUAUUGGUGCAUGGAGCUAUGUCGACGAAACCCGGACUUGCCAAGUUGAACAGCUACAAGUUUGGGACGGGAUUUCUGAUGCACGGAUUGAAUUUUCGUCAAAUGAUUUGCCUUCUACGUCUAGUAUGGCUCGGUUGACUGAAAAUUUGAACCUCCAACGGGGCCUUCUUCGGCAUUUGGACAAUAUACCUGAAAUUCAGGUUCUUCAAAAAACUAAAGUCACAUCCAUUGAAAAUGACAGCUCAGAUCGAGGAGGAUGGCCAUUAGUUCACCUAGAUAACGAAACAACAUUAAGGGCAAGACUUUUGGUUGGUGCAGAUGGGUUCAACUCACCCGUUCGGCAAUUUGCCCAGAUUCCAUCCUUCGGGUGGGCUUACGAUACACAAGCAAUAGUUGCCACCUUGAACCAUUUCCCCCGCGGUGCUUAUGAAGGUCCAAACACAACUGGAUAUCAACGCUUUUUACCUACAGGACCCAUUGCAUUCCUUCCACUGUCUCCAUCUGUAUCUUCGCUAGUCUGGUCAACGAAACCACCGAUCGCCAAAGCUCUGCUUGCAUCUGACCCUGGUGUCCUCUCUUGCAUGAUCAAUGCCGCUUUUCGUUUGCCUUAUGCAUCUCUGAAAUAUCUCCAGAACAGGAUUGUGGACGCCCAUGCAGCCGGUACUCCGCUUUCUCCAGAUGAAAUUCGAGAAGAAAUCCAAUGGCGAGAACACGCUCAUGGAAUCGACCAGAACUCGGCAUAUUCCUGUAGAACCGCUGGCAUAACUAAUCAGGGUAUACCUCCUGCGGAUUCUGAAAUGCUUCCGCCGCUUGUAUUACAGCUACAAUCGGGGACUAUGGCAUCCUUCCCUCUGAGAUUCAAUCACGCAGAAUCAUAUAUUGGUGACGGUUCUAAGGGGAGAACUGUUCUCGUUGGUGACGCAGCACACACUAUUCACCCACUUGCAGGACAAGGUUUGAAUUUGGGAUUGGCUGAUGCUGAAUGUCUUGCAAGGUGUAUACAGAACAGCAUACUUUCUGGUGGUGAUAUAGGCUCAUAUACGGCACUCCUGCCUUACACACAAGAGAGAUAUUUGGCUAAUCAUACCGUGAUGUCCGCUUGUGACAAGCUUCACAAAUUGUAUUCAAUGGAAGAUGAACGGGUCGUGUGGGUGCGGUCUGUUGGAGUUGAGGUUUUAAACGAACUGGAUUCAAUCAAGGCCGCUAUGAUGAUGACUGCAGGUGCAAGACAAUCUGCAAGGAAUUCUUCCAUGUCGUCAACAGGUUGGGCACUUGCGGGAGAUGCGGUAGCAAGUCUUUCCUCCGGUAUUCAAACCGCUGGAACCAUCGGGCGAAUUGUUGGAAACUAUGUCGAUUCUGUGGUAGGAAAGCUGGCUAGAAAAUAA